AUGGGAAACACUUUACCAACAGUUUGGGCUCCGGCGGCUGCAGAUGUAUCAGAGUGUGUCCAAGCUCCUGCCACGACAGACGGGUCUAAUGUCAUUUCUCCCAAAGCCAAAGAAAACAUCCAACGGUGCCAAGAAGAGCUAAAAUCUUACCUUGAAAAUAAAACAGAGAAUCUGUUUCAAAAAACACAAGAAAAUGGAUCAUCAACUCCUACGAACAAGAUCUAUACAAAGUUAUGCAUCACAGCGGGAGGCAGUGGGGAGGUUAAUAGUGAACAUGAAGUUGUUGAAUUAGAAUAUAGAAGGUGUACGAGUGAGGAGGAAAUCCAACUCAAUGACAUUUUGAAAGCUUUACCAAACGAAGACAAGCCUCCACAGAGAGUUCUGACAAAGGGAAUUGCUGGCAUUGGAAAAUCUGUUGCUGUGCAGAAAUUCACUCAUGACUGGGCAGUUGGAGAAGCAAACCAAAGCUUUCAGUUCAUAUUUCGAUUCACUUUCAGAGACCUGAAUUUAAUAAAAGUUAAGCUUUAUAGUCUUGUGGGUUUAAUAGCUGAAUACUUUGACUUGGACUUGGAAACUUCAGACUACAAAAGUUGUAGUAUUUUGUUCAUCUUCGAUGGCCUGGAUGAAAGCAAACUCCCGCUUAACUUUGAGGAAAAUGAGAUAUGCCGCAGCGUUACAAAGACCACAACAGUAGACGCCUUACUGACCAACUUAAUCUCAGGGCAACUGCUUCACAAAGCCUCGGUCUGGAUCACAAGUAGACCGGCUGCAGCCAGUAAGAUUCCUCCCGAGUUCAUCAACAGAGUGACCGAGGUACAAGGCUUUAAUGAUGAGCAGAAGGAGGAGUACUUUCUAAAGAAUAUCAGUGAAAUCAGUAUGGCUCGUAAGAUCUGCGAUCAUCUUCAGUCAAAGCCGUUGAGAACUCUGUACAUCAUGUGCCACAUCCCAAUGUUCUGUUGGAUUACAGCCACGGCUCUUCAGAGUCUCCUCACAGGAACUCACGAUAGUGAGUUACCCAAGACUGUGACUGAAAUGUACACACACUUCCUGAUUAUCCAGACAACGCGGAAGAAUGAGAAGUAUCAUCGGGAAGUUGAAACAGACAAAGAUAGGAAGAAAGAAAGCGAUAAAGACCUGAUCAUGAAAUUUGGAAAGCUGGCAUUUGAGCAGCUACAGAAGGGCAACAUAAUCUUCUAUGAAAACGAUCUGAAGGAGUGCAAAAUUGACCUGAAAGAAGCUGCAGUUUAUUCAGGAGUUUGUACACAGAUCAUAAGGAGAGAAUCAGGUCUUCACAGACAGGAGGUUUACUCUUUUAUACAUUUAAGUGUGCAGGAGUUUCUUGCAGCUCUGUAUGUGUUAGAGACCUUCAUAGAGAGUGGAAAAAAUCUGCUUCCCAGACAGUUAGAGGCUAGAGUCAGAUCACAAAGUGGAGAAAGUCUCUUCCUCCUCCAAAAGACUACAGUGGAUAUGGCCUUAGUCAAUGAUCACGGACAAUGGGACUUGUUUCUGCGCUUCCUGCUUGGUCUGUCACAGGACAAGAAUCAGAGUCUUCUUCAGAAAGUGUCUGGAUUUGGAGUAAGAAGACCAUUGAAUAACCAGGAAACAAUCACCUACAUUCACAGGAAGAUCAAGAAUCUGUCCCACACUGACAAGAGUAUCAAUCUUUUCCAGUGUUUAAAUGAACUUGGUGACCAGUCUCUAGUAGAGCAAGUCCUCAAGUAUCACAACUCAGGAGAUGUUAGUAAAAUUUCACCUGCACAUUGGUCAGCUUUGGCCUUUGAAGUGCUUCUUUCUAACGAAGACCUGGAUACUUUUGAGCUUAAGAAAUAUUACAGAUCAGAUGAAGCUUUGGAAAGGCUGGUGCCAGUGCUGAAUGCAGCAAAGACAGCUCUGCUGAGUGACUGUAACCUCACUGAUAGAUGCUGCGAGUAUCUUUCAUCAGUUCUCAGCUCAAAGUCUUCUGGUCUGGAGGAGUUAGACCUGAGCAAAAAUAAACUGCAGGACUCUGGAGUGAAGCUUCUCUCUGAUGGCCUCAAGAGUCCCAACUGCAAACUCCAGAAACUCAGACUCGGUGGCUGUAAUCUGACAGCAAGAUGCUGUGAAGGUCUGUCUUCAGUUCUCAGCUCCCAGUCCUCUAGUUUGAGAGAGCUGGACCUGAGUAGCAACAACCUGCAGGAUUCAGGGGUGACGCUACUCUCCGUUGGACUGGAGAGUUUAAACUGUACCCUGCAGACUCUUGGACUGUCAGCCUGUAGGGUCACAGAGGAAGGCUGUGCUUCUCUGGCCUCAGCUCUGAGCUCCAACCCCUCCCAUCUGAGAGAGCUGGACCUGAGCUACAAUCAUCCAGGAGACUCAGGAGUGAAGCUUCUGUUUGCUGGACAGAAGAAUUCUAAUUGGAGACUGGAUACUGUCAGACUGGCCAGCUGUAACCUGUCUGAGAGAAGCUGUGCAGCUCUGUCUUCAGUUCUCAGCUCCCAGUCCUCUAGUCUGAGAGAGCUGGACCUGAGUCACAACAACCUGCAGGAUUCAGGAGUGAAGCAGCUUUCUGUUGGCUUGAAGAGUUCAGACUGUACACUGAAGACUCUUGGACUGUCAGGCUGCAUGGUCACAGAGGAAGGCUGUGCUUCUCUGGCCUCAGCUCUGAGCUCCAACCCCUCCCAUCUGAAAGAGCUGGACCUGAGCUUCAAUCAUCCAGGGGACUCAGGAGUGAAGCUACUAUCUGCUGGACUGAAGGAUCCAAACUGGAAACUCGACACUCUCAGACUGGAUCAUGGUGGAGAGCAGAGGCUGAAACCUGGUCUGAGGAAGUAUAUCUGUGAACUCACACUGGACACAAACACAGCACACAAGAACCUCAAACUGUCUGAUAACAACAGGAAGGCGACAGCAGUGAAAGGGAAGCAGUCAUACCCUCAACAUAAAGACAGGUUUGAUUGGUGGCAUCAGCUGAUGUGUACCGAUGGUCUGACUGGUCGCUGUUACUGGGAGGUUGAGUGGAGAGGAGAGGUUCAUAUAUCAGUGACUUACACAGGAAUCAGAAGGAAAGGACGCAGUUUUGACAGCAGAUUUGGAAGGAAUGAUCAGUCCUGGAGUCUGAGCUGCUCUGAUGGUCAUUACUCUGUCUGGCACAAUAAGAAAGAAAAAGACCUCUCCUCCUCCUCCUCCUCCUCUUCCUCCUCCUCCUCCUCCUCCUCCUCCUCUGUCUCUAACAGAGUAGCAGUGUAUGUGGACUGUCCUGCUGGCACUCUGUCCUUCUACAGAGUCUCCUGUGACACACUGAUCCACCUCCACACCUUCAACACCACAUUCAAUGAACCUCUGUAUGCUGGGUUCUGGGUCGGGUCUGAUUCUUCAGUGUCUUUGUGUUCUCUGUAG